CUAUGUAGAAUUCAUAUGUAAUGUAUUACGCAGUAUUAUUUUGUAGCAUACUAAAAUUAGGUUAUAUUUUGAUGUUUGGAAUUUUAAAACAUUAACAGAAAGAUAGUAAAAUGUCAAGGAAGAAACAUAAUGUGUCGUAUAUUAAGCCGAAUGAGCCAAAAUUUUUACGCGAAUUAAAGGAACAAAUCGGAUAUAAGGAAGGACCUACAAUCGACACAAAGAGAGAAGUAUUACCACAAUAUUCAGACAAUGAAGAAGAACAUGAAGAAGACAAGCCUGUUGUAGUUGUAUUAAAUUCUGAGCACUUGAGUGCAGAACAAGCAGAAGCAUAUAAGAAAAAGAAAGGAGAAGAGGAAGCUAAUACUCCAGCUGAUUUAUCUAAAAGAAUUGUAUUCAAGAAAAACAAAAUAACAGAGGCAGAAUCAGAUAAAGCAGAUAAACCAUUGAAAAAGAAGAUUAAAAAAUCAAAACAAGAGAAAUUUGUAUUAUCAUUUAGUGAUAAUGAUGAAGAUUACUCGUAACAUUGCUUAUGUAUGCCAAAUGCAUUUAUAAUUAAAAUAUAUAAAAUAAAAAUGACUGUACAAGA